AUGGGUAAGCAGAAGAUUAAGAUGGAGAAGAUAGAAGAAGAGAAAAAGAGACAAAUAUGUUUUUCAAAGAGAAGGAAAGGAUUGUUAAGUAAAGCAGAGAAACUAUGCAGUUUAGGAUGUCAUAUGGCAAUUAUCAUCUUCUCUGCUGCUGGUCAGGCUUUCACUUUUGGCAAUCCUAGUGUUCAUAAGAUUGUUUCCCGCUAUCUUGGACAAAAGAAGAGGGUGGCUAAAAGAAGAAAGCUUGAAAAUUCAGAAGAGGAGCAGCAAAAGCAGCAACUAGCUUGUCAAGACAAGGUAAAAAAUUCACCAAUAAUUAAUACUUCCGAGAGAUUAGAUAAUUGCAUAGCCACAGUCAAUGAUCAUCAUGAGGAGGAGAAGAACAAGAACAGCACAAGCUUAUUAGCUUUGGACAACUCAAAAGAUGAAAAAAUUAAUCAUGUAGAAAACCAAAGUGCAGCAAUAUUAAUAAAAGAAGAGAAGAACAACAACUGUAACACUAGUUCAGGCUCUGAAGAAAAAGAGCAGAUGGAGAAUAACAGUAACACUUGUAGAGAUGAAUUAUCAGCUUGUGAGAAGGAGGGUGAGGAGAAUAAACAGUUUUUCUGGAAUGAAGUAGUAGAAAAUCUCAACUUGGACCAACUUUUAAAGUUGGAGGAAAUAAUAAAAGAGAAACAAAGCAAAGUGGUGAAGCUUGCUGACAAGAUAUUAGAGGAAAGGCCACUCAGGCUCUGCUCAUGGGUGGACACUGAUGAGGAGGGAGAUAAAUCAUGA